GAUCCAUGAUUUAAUUAACUAUAUGUUGUGGUUGAAGGGAUGGCGCCAAUGGUGGCGGAGGCGAGGGUAUGCGAAUCUCCGAGCCACAAUUUCAAGGGUCUAUGCUUUAGUGACACAAAUUGUGGGAAUAUCUGCAAGACGGAGGGGUUUAGCGGUGGCCUUUGCAGGGGAUUCCGCCGUCGCUGCUUUUGCACAAAGCACUGUGUUUGAAAUCUCUCCGAUAACCCAACUAAUUAAAUAAUAAAUGUCUAUUUCUACUAGACUAUCCU